AUGCGGUGGCUCAUCCCGGCCCGCGAUGCGGUGGUGCUGCGGACCCAGGACCGGGCUUCAACCCGCACCGAGGAUGGGGAGGCUCCGGCCGGCACCGGGCAGCCCAGUCCCCACCCGGUACCCGUCACACCAGCUCACGGGGGAGGAAUUGGCUUCCUGCAGCCCCAUCCGGCCCGUCCCCCUUCCCAGGGUGACGAGGGGGACAAGGACGGGACUUCCGCUGAGCCCCACGUGAGAAAGAAGGAGCUGAAGGAGCUGCUGCAGAGCGAGCUGGGCUGCUUCCUGGAGACCCAGAAGGACACGGGUGCAGUGGAGAAGAUCAUGCAGGACCUGGAUGAGAACGGCGACGGGGAGGUGGACUUCCAGGAGUACGUGGUCCUGGUGGCCGCCCUCACCGUGGCCUGCAACACCUUCUUCUGGGAGAACGCCUGA